UUCUCGAGGUUCGUGGUUUCGUAAUGACAAUUUCCGGGAUCAAGUAAGGAAAAUGAAACUAUCAUUAGAAACCGCCCUGCGUCCUCGAGACCUUCUCUCUCGCGUGUUCUUUACCACAUUCCCCGCUAAAAGAUGCCCUCCAAAAAGAUGUUGAUCGCGGGCGUGCUGGAGAACUUGUCCAAGAAGAACUUUGAAAAGUUCGGGAUGGCUUUGGUCGCCCGCGGCGGCGACCGAAAGGUUGCAUUCAGCAGGGUGGAGGACAAGAACUUCAUUGAGGUAGCCCGUGUGCUGGUGUCCACGUUCACCGAGGACGACGCUCCAGCCGUCACCUCUGAACUGCUGAAGUCCAUCAAUUGCUUCGACGAAGCCAAAAAACUGGAUGAGCAGAUGGCCGAACAGUUCCCAAAGUCAUCUAGGAUCAGAAUUAACUCAAGCCACCUGGGCUCAUUCCACGAGUUCAGGUGGAUGACUUAUUAUGAAAACUUAACAUGGGUGCGCUGGACCGGAAAAAGCCUGCCGGAAGGAGCAGUGUCACGUGGCAAGGUUGCGGUUUUGUUUAACCCUAUCGGAGACAGCGGUUACUACAGUGGAGAGCUGUAUUUCAGCUGGUGGCCUUCUGAACCACAAGCAGACGGGUUGAUGGUGGAGCAGCCCCAAGCGGGCGGCUACCAGGAGCCGCUGAUACCCCCCUGGGAAGUGGGCGGCUACCAGGAGCCAGGAACCAACCAGAGCUACGAGAGCCUGUUGCCCGGGAGGGAACCGUUCACCCCAGCCGCGGAGGGCAGCCACAGCCCCUUUCCGAGCGUAAAAAGCGACGCCGACUUGGGCUACUCCCGUUACUCGGCUGACCUCUACCCAGAUUCGGACAGCCAGAGGAGAGCCUUUUGGUCCGAAUACUCCCCAUUCGGUUUCGGGAACCCCCUGCCGCACCCGCCUACGUCUUCCAUCUGCCCCGACCCUACCAACGCUAGCCCACAGCCGUCAGACAACUACUACCCCCGCGCGCCCGAGAGGGACAGUCACACGGCCAUGCCCUCCAAAAAGAUGUUGAUCGCGGACGUGCUGGAGAACUUGUCCAAGAAGAACUUUGAAAAGUUCGGGAUGGCUUUGGUCGCCCGCGGCGGCGACCGAAAGGUUGCAUUCAGCAGGGUGGAGGACAAGAACUUCAUUGAGGUAGCCCAUGUGCUGGUGUCCACGUUCACCGAGGACGACGCUCCAGCCGUCACCUCUGAACUGCUGAAGUCCAUCAAUUGCUUCGACGAAGCCAAAAAGCUGGAUGAGCAGAUGGCCGAACUGUUCCCAAAGUCAUCUAGGAGCAGAACACCAGCAGGAACAAAUGCAGAGAAAGCUGGAUGUUCGGGUGACACGACGUGCUCCAGCGAGGUGCACUUUGUGGAUAAGCACAAGCUGCCGCUGAUAGAGCGCGUGUGCAACAUUGAUUCCAUUCUGGAUUUCCUGCUGAAGAAGAAUGUCAUCCAGGAUGAGAUCUAUGAGAAAAUUAGCGGUACGCCAGGCAACCAGGGCAAGACAAGGAACAUCUACAACCUGGCUCUCAAAUCUGGCAUUGAUGCCAAGAACAUAUUCUUAGAAAGCCUCAAGAAGUACGAGCCGCUCCUCGUGGCCGACCUCGAGCGCGGGGGGUAGAAGUCCCAUCGCGACGUUAAUUCUCUUGUCGUAGUUUUCCUCUUUGGUGUAACCUUUCAAAUAAUUUCCAUAAUCCCAAUCCAGUGUUGAUUUUCUCCGCCCACGAUUUUGGAGCAGGUCUGGGUCAAGGUCUUCCUUUUUUCACGCAAUUAAGCGAAUUAAGAAAAAUUCAGCAUGACUUAGAUUUGCUCUUGAUUUUACUGCUUGGUGCUUUCUACCGCCUUAUUACUUAUUACUUAUUACUUAUUACUGAUUCGUCUUACUGUUUAUUGUAUAUGUUAAAUCGCUCCAUGUACAGCACUUUGUAUGCAGCGAUGGCUGUUUGAAAGUGCUCUAUAAAUACUGUUGACUUGACUUGUUGAAUUAAGAGAAGCAUUAAAACAAAGCCAAAAAGCUAAGAUGAGCACCAAUGUUGUUGGAUACACACAUCAGUGCUGGCUUCAGAUAAGCGGCACGUACUCGAUUGCUCGCGGAAGACGUCGACGUGACUUGAUGAUGAAGCGCUGUUUUCGUAAAUGAAAACACAAGGCUUGAAUGACAAACUUUUUCACUCGUGGUUGCAGCACCUCAAACACUCCUCUGUGUGUUUGUGGUGCACAAAAACCUCAUAAAAAACAAAUACACCCCACCACGUUAAAGAGGACACGCCAUUUAUCAGAAACCAAUGCUAACCUGCACGCCCGUUGGACACAUGCCAUUGAAGGCUAUCUUCCAUUGGCACACCCUGCAAUAGAGGGGACGAUGGUUCAUUUGCAUAUGACAGGACAUUUCAUCAACAUAGCCUAACUUCAGCAUACACAAUUUUCACAUAUGGGGGCAGGACUUCAUAUGCCCCCCACAUGUCAUAAUAAGUUUAUUUUAAAGUCACUUGAAUCUUUUUUAAAUGAGAAGAAAAUGUGGGAUUUUUUUUAAUUGUCAAUUUAUUUCAAUUUUUAGACGACUUAAUUUUGUAAAUGUUUUUUUCAAGACUUAAUUAAAGUUUUUAAACAUUUUAA